AUGGCGUGUGGAGAUUUGGUGUUUGCUGUUAAUGGAGAGAAAUUUGAAGUAUUAUCUGUUCAUCCUUCUACUACUUUGCUUGAGUUCUUGCGUUCCAGCACUCCCUUUAAGAGCUCCAAGCUCAGCUGUGGCGAAGGGGGUUGUGGUGCUUGCAUCGUGAUUCUAUCAAAAUACGAUCCAGUGUCAGACAAAGUCGAGGAGUAUUCUAUAAACUCUUGCCUCACCCUUCUUUGCAGCAUAAAUGAAUGUUCCAUAACCACCUCGGACGGACUAGGAAACACUGAAAAAGGUUUCCACCCAAUCCACAAAAGAUUCGCGGGGUUCCACGCCUCACAAUGUGGUUUUUGCACCCCGGGGAUGUGCAUCUCUCUUUACUCCGCUCUUUCAAACGCACAUAAUAACUCACAAAAUCCUCCGGACUACCUCACUUCUUCUGCAGCAGAGAAGUCUAUCUCCGGAAACCUCUGUCGCUGCACCGGUUACCGUCCCAUUGCUGAUGCUUGCAAGAGUUUUGCUGCAGAUGUGGACAUAGAAGAUUUGGGUUUUAACUCUUUUUGGAAGAAAGGGGAAAGCAGAGAAGAGAUGUUGAAGAAGUUGCCUCCUUACAAUCCUGAUAAAGAUCUUGUCGCUUUUCCGGAGUUCUUGAAGGAAAAGAUAAAGCGUCAACGUAAUGUUUUGGAUGAGUCAAGGUAUCAUUGGAGCACUCCUGGUAGCGUCGAGGAGCUUCAGGAGAUAUUGGCAACAACAACCAACCCUGGUGGUGAUAGAGGUUUGGUGAAACUAGUUGUUGGUAACACGGGAACAGGUUACUACAAAGAAGAGAAACAAUAUGGUAGAUAUAUUGAUAUCAGCCACGUUCCAGAGAUGUCAAUGAUCAAGAAAGAUGACAGAGGAAUUGAAAUUGGAGCAGUUGUUACCAUAUCUAAAGUUAUCGAUGCUUUGAUGGAUGAAGAUACGUCUGGUUAUGUUUUCAAGAAAAUAGGUAUUCAUAUGGAGAAGGUAGCCAACCAUUUUAUCAGAAACUCAGGGAGUAUCGGUGGUAAUCUGGUGAUGGCACAGAGCAAAAACUUUCCUUCUGACAUCACCACACUUUUGCUGGCUGCAGAUGCGUCUGUGCUUAUGGUAAAUGUUGGGAGACACGAGAAGCGUAGGGUAGGAGAGUUUCUUGUGUCGCCUCCAGUAAUAGACACUAAAACUGUUCUUUUAAAAGUUCAGAUUCCUAGCUGGACUGCUUCUUCAACUACUGGUUUACUCUUCGAAACCUAUCGAGCUGCACCUCGCCCUUUCGGAAGUGCAUUGCCUUAUCUCAACGCUGCUUUCUUAGCAGUAGUCUCUCACGAUGCUGCAUCAUCAAGAGGCGUCGUUGUGGAGAAAUGCCGCUUGGCGUUUGGUUCUUUUGGUGGGUAUCAUUCAAUCAGGGCGAGGGAGGUUGAGGAUUUCCUGACGGGUAAAGUACUCAGCCACAGUGUUUUAUUUGAAGCUGCGAGGUUACUUAAAGGGAUCAUAGUGCCAAGCAUAGAUACCUCAUACACUGAGUAUAAAAAAAGCUUGGCUGUUGGGUUUCUCUUUGAUUUUCUCUAUCCUCUGAUCGAUAGUGGUAGCUGGGAUUCAGAAAGAAAGCAUGUAGAUGGACACGUUGAUCCAACGUUAUCUCUGCCUUCGCUUUCAUCUGCACAACAAGUGUUUGAAAGUAAAGAGUUUCAACCUGUUGGUGAAGCCAUUAUCAAAUAUGGAGCUGAAAUGCAGGCAUCUGGUGAAGCUGUUUACGUUGAUGAUAUUCCAUCCUUACCCAAUUGUCUACAUGGAGCAUUCAUUUAUAGCACAAAGGCAUUGGCUAGGAUAAAGAGCAUUGGUUUCAGAGGAGAUGUGAUACCGGUUGGAGUUUUGUCAGUUAUUACUUUCAAGGAUAUUCCUCAAGCGGGGCAAAACGUUGGUUACAUAUCUAUGUUUGGCACAGGGCUUCUAUUUGCAGAGGAAGUUACUAUCUCUGCCGGACAAAUAAUUGCUCUUGUGGUAAGUCUAAUUUCUAGCAUCUUCUUUUGUGUUUGUCUGUCUUUCUUGAAGAUUAGUUCAUUUUUGGUGACGUCUCAGGUUGCAGACACGCAAAAACAUGCAGACUUGGCAGUAAAGCUUGCAGAAGUUGAGUACGAUUUAAAGGACAUAGAAACACCAGUCUUAUCUGUGGAGGAUGCAGUCAACAGGUCCAGCUUUUUUGAGGUUCCUUCCGAGUACAAACCCGAACCCGUUGGCGAUGUUUCAGAAGGAAUGGCUGAAGCUGAUCGAAAGAUACGCUCAGUAGAGACACAAACGUCACUUGCCUUGCCAGAUGAAGACAAAUAUUUAUCGGUUUACAGUUCAACUCAAGCAACCGAGUUCACUCAAGCAGUGAUUGCUACAUGUCUCGGCAUCCCAGAGAAGAACGUGAGAGUCAUCACCAGAAGACUUGGAGGUGGCUUUGGUGGAAAAGCUAUAAAGUCAAUGCCUGUUGCGACAGCAUGUGCACUUGCUGCACAAAAAUUACAGCGCCCUGUAAGGAUUUACCUAAACCGCAAGACUGAUAUGAUAACGGUUGGAGGAAGGCAUCCGAUGAAAAUAACUUACAGUGUUGGUUUCAGAUCUGACGGUAAAUUCACAGCACUAGAAGCAACUGUAUCAAUAGAUGCAGGGAUAGAUGUAGAUGUAAGUCCAAUACUACCAUAUAAUCUAGUGAACUCUCUGAAGAAAUAUGACUGGGGUGCAUUGUCAUUUGACAUCAAAGUGUGUAAAACAAACCGUCCGAGCAGAACGUCUUUAAGAGCACCUGGUGAGGUACAAGGCUCAUAUAUCGCUGAAUCCAUCGUUGAGAAUGUAGCAUGUUCUCUGAACAUGGACGUGGAUGUGGUGAGAAGGAUAAACUUUCACACUUACGAAAGCCUCAAAAAGUCUUAUAAGGAAGCUGCUGGUGAGAGUGAUGAGUAUACUUUACCUUUGUUAUGGGACAAACUUGAGAUAUCUUCAGAUUUCAAGAGAAGAGCUGAGUCAGUGAAGGAGUUUAACGUUUGUAAUGUGUGGCGCAAAAGGGGGAUUUCUAGAGUACCUAUCGUGUACCACGUAAAGAAUAGGCCAACUCCAGGAAGAGUGAGCAUUUUGGGAGAUGGUUCGGUUGUGGUGGAGGUUGCGGGUAUUGAGAUGGGGCAAGGGUUAUGGACAAAAGUGCAACAGAUGGUGGCUUAUGGUCUUGGUAUGAUCAAGUGUGAAGGAAGUCAAGAUCUUCUUGAGAGAAUACGGCUUCUGCAGACAGAUACUCUCAGUAUGACUCAGACUAGUUACACUGCGGGUAGCACAACAUCGGAGAAUUGUUGUGAAGCAGUUAGGCUUUGUUGUGAUAUCUUGGUGCAGAGGUUGGAAGUUAUUAUGAAUGAGAUUCUGGAGAAUGCUAGAUCUGUGACAUGGGACAUGCUCGUUCAACAGGCAAAUGCUCAAUCUGUGGACUUAUCAGCGCGUACUUUUUAUAAGCCAGAGACCUCUUCUGCUAAUUAUCUAAACUAUGGAGUUGGAGCUAGUGAGGUGGAGGUGGACAUUGUGACAGGAAGAACAGAAAUUAUAAGAUCAGAUAUCAUUUAUGACUGUGGAAGAAGCCUUAAUCCUGCUGUUGAUUUAGGACAGAUUGAAGGAGCGUUUGUGCAAGGGAUUGGUUUUUUCAUGUAUGAAGAGUACACAACAGAUGAAAACGGGCUAGUGAUUCAAGAAGGCACAUGGGACUACAAAAUCCCUACAAUAGACACAAUCCCAAAACAAUUCAACGUUCAGAUUCUCAACAGUGGUCAUCACAAGAACCGUGUUCUCUCCUCUAAAGCUUCAGGUGAACCUCCGUUGCUAGGGGCUUCUUCUGUGCAUUGUGCUACAAGGUCAGCCAUAAGAGAAGCUCGGAAACAGUACUUUUCGUGGAAGUGCGUUAGUGGUGAUCGCAGAGAUGAUUCUGAUCUUGGUUUUGAGUUGCCGGUUCCAGCGAUUAUGCCAGUGGUGAAGCAGCUUUGUGGUCUUGACAGUGUUGAGAAGUACUUAGAAUGGAAAACGUAUCCUUAA